GGUGGGUCUGGGAUGAGGCAGAGUUUGAAAACUCGCAGCUGAAGUGUGCAGGAUGUCCUCCCGCUUGGGGGGAACCGAGGCGCCUGCCUGCAUGUCAGUGUCGUGGCAGGGACAGCAAUGCGGAGUGGGGCAGCAGGGAUUGCGGAGAGCCGGGGGGAGCACCCUUGGGUAAUAGCCCCCUGCCAUGGUUAACAGCUUGGAGAGAGGAGGCUGAUGAGCUGCAGCGGGAUUUCUUCUCUUAAUUGUUGCUGCUUUUUGAACGUCUGUAUUUUGUGUGGGUUCCUGGUGUUGUAUGGAAGUGCCACAGGCGGCUGGCACCUGGCUCAGGAGGUGACUGCGUGCCUGUGAAGCACACGAAGACCAGCGCAUCGGCCGGUGCUGCAAGACAUGGUGCAGCGACCAUGGAGAAGGACGGGGCUGAAGCCCCCUGCCCCAGCAGCUCUCGGGGUGCUGCUGGCCCUGGCCCUGCUGGCCCUGGCCCGCCUUCCCCCACCGCCACACUGCUCCCCACACCCGCUGCGAGCAACAUCCCCCUCAACCCCAUGGCGGGAGGUGGCUGCCCCCCUAUCGAGGGAACGAGCCCCCAGAGGAAGGGCCCCUGUAUCCUCCACUCGCCUAAGGCAUGACCAGCCCCCUGUCCGGAGCAGGAGGCAGCGGAGGGGGGCGGCAGGGGAUGCUCCCCCAUGGCUCUCCAAUGAUGACCUCCAGAAGAUGCAGCUCCUGGCCAGUGGGCAGGUGGUCUCCAAAACACGCAUCCCAGCCCACGGACAGGUCCUGCGAGUGGGGCUGCGGGCUGUAGGGGAUGCUGAAGGGGACAGCUUGCUGGAAAAGGGCUGUGAGGACGGGCACUGUGGGCUCAUCAAGCGCCCUGGGGACCUCUAUGAGGUGCUGGCUUUCCACCUGGACAGGGUGCUAGGGCUGAACCGCAGCCUGCCCACCGUGGCCCGGCGCUUCACCAGUCACCUCCUGCCCUACAGCUACACCGAUGGCUCCUUGCGACCCAUCGUCUGGUGGGUGCCUGACCUCCAGCACCUGGAGGAUGCCAACAAUGACCAGAACUCCUGCGCGCUGGGAUGGCUGCAGUACCAGGAGAUGCUGCGGCCCCGUGGACUGACAUCAGUGGCCGGGGAUGCUUCCUGCUCCAGCAUCCCACGUGGCGAGUGGAGCCGCCUGGCCCUCUUCGAUUUCCUCCUCCAGGUUCAUGACCGUCUGGACCGGUACUGCUGUGGAUUUCAACCCGAUCCCUCUGAGCCCUGCAUGGAGGAAAUGCUCCAUGAGAAGUGUCGAAACCCAGCGGAGCUGGUCCUGGUCCACAUCCUGGUCCGGAGGAGCAUGCCGUCCCGCUUGGUGUUCAUCGACAAUGCAGGCAAGCCACAGCAUCCUGAGGAGAAGCUCAACUUCAGGCUCCUGCAAGGCAUAGACAGCUUCCCUGCGGCAGCUGUGGCCACGCUGCGGUCGGGCAGGUUGCAGAGCCUGCUGCUGGAGUCACUGCAUGUGGACCGGGAGCUCUGGGAGAGCCAGGGUGGUGCUGAGGGCCUGAGACCCCUGCUCCGCACCAUCGACAGGCGGGCACGCAUCCUGCUGCGGCACAUCCAGGAGCACAACCUGACGGUGUUUGAGGACUCACCGUGCUGAACUGACCACCAGCCCCUGUGGCACGGAGCAAAUCCCAGCAGUGAUAUACCUGGUGCCCUCAGCGUGGCUGAUGUGACACUGUGUGUGGGUGCUUGGGUCUCCAAAAGGUGUUUCCCACCUCCUUGUAGGAUACCCUGGAGAUGGAGACUGGAUCACAGGGAGUAGGAAAGAGGAGGAAGAGACAUCUCCUGAAACAACCCACAACUGCUUAUGAAAGGCAACAGUUGUCAAGUAAUGGUCCAAGCAUGGAUUUUCAACAGAGGGGCACAUCCAUGGGAUUUUUGGGGUGCCUUCACCCCCUACCCCAGCAACUUUGACCACUGGAGGCUCAGACAGUUAAACAGCCUAUGGGGACCCUGGGAAGGGUUAAAGAAGCAGUGAGAAUCACUGCUCAAGGUUGCGGGAAGUCACUGUCAGCCUUUCCAUGGCUUGCACUGGGCUUUUGGAUCAUGCCUUUGCUGUUUCCAAAACAUCACGGGCAGGGAGGCUGGAGCAGCAUGGAAAAAAGCAGAGGGGAGCUUUCUAAUCAGGGACAAGUCACCAGAGAUGAGCUCUGUCUGUCCCCCAUGGAAGAGGUGACGUGUGCCUGGGAGUGAGGGUAAACCACUGCCCAAACUGGGAGCCAGGCAGGAGACCAGGCCACCACAGCAGCUGCCCUCACAGAGCCCAUGAUGCUGACCCCAGCGAGCACCAUGUGCAAUGUGCCAUGCCAUCCCACUGAAUGUGGGAUUUGAAGAUUUAAAUCCCUCGCUUGCUCUUUGCCUUUGCUGACAGGGGAUUAAAGGCAAACCUAUCCCACUUGUGGAAAGGGCUCCUGCCUUCUCUCUUAGGCUUGGCUGCGUGAAACUCUUUCCAAAGCUUGCAGAAAUAUCCUUUAACACAAAACCCAGACUAUUUCAGCAGAAGGUGAUCAAGUGCAAAAUACUUUGGCACCUCCAGCAGAGCCCAUCCCACUCCUUUCACCCCUUAAGCUCUUGCCCAGCAGCCCGCUGUGAUGGGGCACAGCAGCAUCCCAGCAAGGCAGGUCCUCAAGUUCAAAAGCAACAGGAACAGGAGGAAAAAAGACACAGGGAUGGGCUCUGUCAGAGCCUCUCGCUCUCUGCAGUGUUUCCCAGCUGAGGCAUGUGGUCAGUGUGUGUUUGCCAGGAGAAGCUGGUGCCCGGCCUGUGGGCUGGUAGUUUUCCACGAGGAGAAGGCCCUUUAAAGGGGCCUCAGGGAGCAGCCCUCCGUUUCUCCAAUGGUACAGGUCCCUCCAUGCCUGAGGCACCACAAAUCACUUACUUGUGCCUUUGGAAAGUCAGUGGGACCAGUGUGGGCACUUGCGCUGUGCUGCUGUACCAUUGCCCUAACUUUGGAGAACAUGGCCUCCCAUGUAGUGGGAGGGGAAGAAAAGGCAGGUGUUGAUGCCUUCCCUGCUGCAUCCCUCUCAGCACCAUGUCAGUUUUAGAGCCGGCAAGGGGAUACUUUAACACCCAUGCUGAUAAGCACAAGCAAUUACCUGUUUUUCCCUUUCUCUUCUUGCUGUAGAGAAAAUGAAGCGAGGCGUGGGUGACAUGAAUCAACAAGCGUGAGUGCUCUCAGAAUGCAUCAGCACUUAGCAUCGUGGGCAUAUCAGUGUCCAGCAGCACCUUCCUGGAGUCCUGCUCUCCAGUUAGCCAGGGAAAGCCUUUCCCCCAGCACUCUCUCCACCCCAUGAGUUAUCACUCUGUUUGACAUGCCAUGGGAUGGAUGAAUGUCAAGGAAUUCCCGCUAAAGCCCAAAUCCUGGGGAUUCAUUCUUAGCCUGUAAGUGUGGAGGAGCAAAAUAAUUCAUCUUGGGUCCUAUGAAAAGCCAUGCCCAAGCAUUGCCUUACAGGAUUAAAGGAGACUAAAUGUAGCACAGUUAAAUCCAGAAAAUACACUGUGAAAAGCUGUGUGGUAACAAGAGCAGGAGUUAGGAUGUGGGGCAUCAGUCAUAGUCUUGUUUUUCUCAUUAAAAUAAGAUAUUUCAUUAAAAGAGAGGUUUUCAUCCCAUGUAAGCCAAGUUCCUAGCAAGAAGUGAGAAGAAGAUGGGGCACUGUGUGGUGGCCAAAGCUGUAGAAAUGCUGUGCUGGAACAGCUGCUUCUGACUUGCUUAUGGGUGCAGCUGCUUGACCCCAACAUUGCACAAGGUAGUGGGGAUUUUUCUAGAGAUUUUUGCAUUUCCAUAGUUAUAACAUGUGAGUUUGCCGGCUAAACACAUAUAGGAACAUCUGUCAGCAAUUAUGCAUGUGCAUAGAAAUCACUCUUGCUUUAGCGAAGAGCCAUGUAUGGAUAAAUGAGAGAAGCAAAAGCCAUGAUCUUGCUGAGACUGAUCAUUAAUCUCCUUUAAUUAUUAUUUUUUCCCAUGGGCUUGUCAGUGUAGCCAGCAAAGCGCACAGGCUCUGAACUGUGGUCAAGUAGUUUGGAGCAAUCCUGUGCACUGCUCUUCUGGCAGCCUUUACCAUGUAGUGUUGGGUUCAGUUUGCUCCAGCUAUGAAUGUAUUGUAUUUCCUAUGAUAAACUUAUUUUUACGGUUUUAGAAUGUAGUUAUAAAAAUUCACUCAGGACCAUGCUUGACAAACAAGAGCUUAUCUCAGCAAUGAUCCUGUUUUAACCAAACUUCAGCAGGCAUCAUCACAGAUCCUCUUGGAUUGAGGUACAUAAAAGAGGACAUGGACUAGGCAGCAGUCCCACCGGAGCUCCUUGCAGGAGGGCAUCCCUGCAGUGUUCUUGUGCAAAUGCUUGGCACAGUGAGAAUGUGCUGCUCACUGUCAGCGCUUGGGAAAUAGUGUUUGAAAGCAUAAGCCUCCUCCUCAUGGGGCUUCAUGAGGAGGAAAGUGUUUCUUUCCACAGUGAUCCAAGUGGCACGACCUGUGUUUAACAGGUCUCUGGCUGCCCACAACCCUUCAGCUGGCAGCAAAUAGGGCUGGGGGAAAGAAGGCAGGGGCCAGAUCGGCUCCAACCAACUGAACACAUGCACACGCAUGCAUGCAAACAUGUGCACAUCACCCCAGCCACAUGCAUGCAUGCACCCACACUUGCCCUCGCACACCCUUGUGCAUGAAUGGACCUGCAUGUGCACAUGUGUGUACAUCCCUCCUAUGCAUGCACGCACAUGCUUGCAUGCACAUCUCUCAUGCACAUGUGCAUAUUCUUGCACAUCCCCUGCCAUGAACACAGACAUCACCCAGGCCUCUCCUCAGGCACACAGCUCCUGUUCAGCCUGUUCUUAACCCCCCCGAAGCGGCCUGCUCCAGUGCUCUGCUGGCCUCACCCUCCUUAACUAAAUGCCUUUUUCUUGCAUUUAAGGACCACUUCUUGAGCUGCCCGUUGUGGCCACAGGACACGAAAUAGCCUCUGCAGCAGCCUGAGCACCCACUGAACCCACCCACUGGCUGGGGACAACACCAGUGGGGUGGCACUCGCAGGUGACACAGACCCAACAAGAUGCUUGACAAAACCCACUCAAGCAUCCCUGUGCUGCUCAGAGAAAGCAUGGGCUGGCUGCUGCCUGAAAGGCAAGAGCUAGCAAGUAAAUCCAAAUUUAUUGUUAAAUCACUGGAUAUAAAAAUAAUCUGGCUUUUAGAAAGCAAUUUAUUUAUGCUUUCAGCACUUGCUUAAAUAUUUAUGUGGAAAAGGAAAAAAAAGUCCACUCCAAAAUAGGACUAUCGCUGUAGUGAGGGCCUUUAAGAUUAAUGGAAGUAAAUUAGCCUGAUGUUUUAUUUACAUUCAGCGAAGCGACAGAUAAACUCUCCUCGUGAUGGAUUUUCUUCAUUAGCUGGGUGAACGCCUAAGGUACAGCUUUUGACAUUGUUUCUUCCAAGCAGUUAGACAAACAGUUUAUCAAAAGAGUAUUAAAUUGUCAGGAAAUAAAGCAGAUUAAUGACCAGUAAAGGGAAGAUCAUUGAAUUUAUUAUAUAAGUAGCAGCAUCACUGGAGCUUAAGAAAUGGCUUAUUAGAUAACCAAUGUGUACAACAGCAUGGAAGGGCUGAGCCCUGCCCCAAAUCUGCUGCCCUGGCAGUGGCUGCUUCCUAAAUAGGCCCUUCAUGGAGGCUUCACCUCCCUCCUCCUUCCGUCCCCUUAUGUCUGGGUUUUUCUGUAACUCCCUUGUUAGAGCUUGUGAACAUAUUAUUUCCUCCCAAUUAAAAACCUCUUAGACUUGUAAACGGCUCCAGGGAGGAUAACCUUGUCUUCGUGUCUGCGCUGCAAUAACUUUUUCUGCAAGCUAAUUUGGCCACUUUGAUUGCUAUUGCAGCAGUGAUCAUCAUACCAAUAACAACAACAAUAAUAUAUAGGACUCCUCCUGUCUUUUGACUCUUUGGAAAAAAGUUCCCCAGCAUUAGCACUUUAUGGAUCCCAUAUGGCUCUUCCAGCAAUUACCUCUGGAAUGGUAAUUAGCUGUCAGUUAAGGCAAAUGGGGGAAAAGAGACCAGGAACCUGGGGAAAAGGAAACAUUCCUUGCGAUGGGAGGAGCUGUGCUUGUGACAAGUGUCUGAGGUCUCUGUCUCCCCAGGCAUGAGCUCAGAUUUUCAAGCUUCAGAAGAGGCAUUUUGCGUGCAAGGACGACUAAGAAACACUGGUUUAACGGGUGCCAUGAAUCUCUGUCUCUGAGUGCCGUCUCCAGCAGGUGGCAUUGGCUCGACAGGCUGUCUUUUCCCCACGCUUGCCGAAAGCAUCUUUAAAGUUUCCUCUCUAGACCGGGAAAUUUCAAGCUUCUAGAGCAUCAUUAAUUCCUUAAUUCCCUUGCAGCCCCUGACAAGGGCUGGAAGCAUCACUGAGUGUAGUUGUGAAGUGUGUGUUUCCAGCUUCCAUCUGCAGCUUGGGUUUGGAUGCCACGUAAGGCAUCCCGUUCCUGUCCCUGGCCAAUCUCCAGUUUAGGCAGUCGGACUUAUCGUUUUACCUCCUUUGGGACAGGAGGCUGUAAUUUAUGAUGUCUGUGCAUCACCAGGCACAAGAAGGGUGCAUGGUCUGCCUGCCAUGAGCAUGCAGCAGGGGACGUGAUGGGGAAGAAAGGCAGAGAUGUCAGGUCUUUAAACCUAUGAAUUUUCUUGACUGAUACCAUAAACUAAUAUUUCAGCCCGCGGGGGUGUUAACUCGGCAUAUGGGCUGCCUGACCUUUCCCUGCCUGUCUGGAGGCAGCGGCAUGUGGUGAUGCCUUCAGAAAGAGGUUUCAAAACAGGUAUAGGGAAGAGACCAAAGACAACAUGAGUGUUGGCUCUGCGUAGAAAUGGGAUAGGACAUGCCCAUGCAGGGGGUAUUUCCCUGGUGGGGCUACCACAGCUUGAUGAUGCUGCUGGCCAAGCUUUCUGCUCAAGCAGGUGUGGAACUGCCUCUUACAGUCUCUUUUUGGGUGAGUUUUGCUCUAUUGGAUUUAAUUUUUUGCCAUAUUGGAGCAGGGAGGGAGUUUGUAAUGCAGGAUAACAGAUAGAGUGACGCGGCCUGUGCUGUAAGUGUUGCUGUAUAUUUGCAGGUGUUCAAUUUUAAUUGCCCCUUUCUGGCUGUGUCAGAAGAAGCUCUAGAAUAAGAAAAGCAUGUUCCAUCCCACGGCUGUUUGUGUACAUAAACAACCUGGGGUUUAUUGCCUUGGUGUUUCCUGAAACAAGUUCUUGGCUCCUCUGAUUUACAUCUUGGUAAAAGGGGAUCUAUUAUGCUGAGCAGAAGAUUUGAGCUCCUAGGAAGUGCAUCUAGAUGCCAACAAGAUACCAGGAGGCUGAGAUUUGCCACAAUUGUGACAAAUCUUCUUUAAUGGUUUUUGUUCAGUUCACCAGGGUCUGCCAGUUCUGCUCCUCGCCCCCAGUCGGGGAGCAGGGGAGUGGUGAUUAUAUUCAAUUUAAGGCAAUUGAGUGUGAAACCUGGCAUCACAUGCAAAGACUCAUAGUCAGGUGUACAGAAAGAGUUCAUCCUGGUCAUUUGAGUUGAAGCUGAAAGCUAAGGGUGCAGAUAUCAGAGAUCUCUUUUCCCUCUCUGCUUCCACUGAAGACCAGAGAAAUUUGCUGAGGCGCUGCUCAGAAGCUGAUUGUCAUAUCUGGCUGGUAACCUCUGUCUGGUGCUGCCAGGCCCCUGCUCAGCUCAUGAUUGGUUUGCACACCCUGAGUGCUCUUCCUUUCUCCAUCCCUUCGCCCAGCUCUGUCUCCAUCUCUGCAUCCUUGCCACCCUCAGCUGUGCGAUAAGGGAGGUUGGCCUUGGGUCCUCCAAAUGGUUGGGGUCCAGAUGGAGGGUUAAGACUGGGUAGCUUGCACUGCUUUCUCACCUCAGAUAAGAGACACGGGGGUGUCUGGGACCUUUAGCAACCCUCAUUGAUCUCAGAAAACUUAAACACGUAGACAUAUGCUGUAGCACAUGGGGAGAGGAGCUGUAGAAGCCUGCUCUCCUCUGCUGGCACAGCCACCCGUGUUGGCACAGAAGAACUAUUCACAGGCACAGACAGGGUGCUGCAGCUGGUCACAAAGGGCAAGCAGCCCUCUCCAUCUCCACCCCACCACAGAGGCCUGAUAAAAGGCCUUCCCUGCAGACAUAAGUUUGCAAACUCAGUUGUUUUCCUGACAUGGAGGAACUAUAUGGAGGGUCACCCCAGGCUGGGGACUCCUGGUGUACCUUCAGCCACUCCUAGCUAGCCCCAGCACUAAGUGGUUUCUGUGGUUGCGCAGGAGCACACCCACCACAUGAAACCCAUUUAAUCCUUUAUUUGCAGAGCAAAUAGCAGAAGGGAAGCCAGUGCUUGCUUUCCCCACCCAGCCACUGGGCACUGCAAGCCCUGGGCUGGAGAGCACUCAGGGCUGAUUGAAACAUUAUCCUCCUGCCUGUGCUGGUUACACAGCAGAGCUGGUGCCUGAAGUGACGAUGAAGUGGAAGGACUGAUGCCAGUCAACUAGGAAGGCUUCAACUCUGGAAAAGUGCUGGCGAGUGGUCUCAGUGCUCCUGGGUUGGGGAUGAGGCUGGGGGAGCUGGCCAGGCUGUCACCUUGCCUCUCCCAUGCCAGAAACAAACAGAAAACCAUCACUGAUACAGCACAACCGAGCUCCAGCGCUGAGCUAAAAGGGGACUUUGGAGCAGGCUGGGAAGGGAUGCCUUGGUGGAACACGACCAGCUUACCUGCCCAGCCACUUUGCUGUGGUCCCAAGCCUUAGGGAAACCCUUUGGCUGCCAUUCCACAGCUCUGUUGUUACCCAUGGCCAAAUCUAAUCAAACACAAACUUUCCUGCGCAAACAACAUUUAAGACUUGAGAGACUCAGGCUGAGGGCAGCUGAGAGAGACAGUUGAGCAAGAAAUGCAGCCUCCAUCAUCAGCCUUGUCUCAGCCAGAGAUUUAGGCUGAGGUGGGUAACAACUGCAUGAGAUCAGCCAGUAUGGUCUUGCUUGGGGUUGUACACAGAGAAGAGGCGACUCAUGGGACAGAUGAGGUCCACCCUGCCUGCAGAGCUACCCCCUGGAGCAAUGCUGAGGCCAGCCCUGUUUCACAGGGGUGAUUUGGGGCACAUGUUGCCACCAGCUCCCGUCACCAAAGUCCCCCAUGGGCUCUGUGGAAAUGCUGGCACCACCUGGGAGCUGUGUACUUUGACUGUGCUCAAGUAAGCCUUUUGAUAGCAGCAGUGAGGUGGUAUUUGUACUGCUUUCUGCCUCCACAAAAGCAGGAUUAGGACAUCAGAAAGUCCUGCUGCCUAAUCUUCCUUUUGAAGGAUUUGGGGAAAGAAAGGAAAGAAAGAAGAGGGAAGAACAGAGCACAGAGUGGGCAGCCUGUGUGAGCAGAUGUGUAAGAAGAAAGUAUUAAGGUAACAUAUCUGAGCUUAUUGCUUGUGAUCUUGAGGUGUCCUCAGAGACUUGACCUUCCCUCGUGAAAGCUGGUAUUUUUAGCACAUGAGAAACCUGAAUCAAAGGCCUCUGCUGUGGUCCCUGCAGUGAUGAGACUCCCCCUUCCAUUUCCAUCUCCAGCCAAACUCCAGGCUCCUGCCCACCUGCAGCCAAAAUUACAUCACCCUGACCAUAGGCUGUGAUAUCAUCACCUCGGUGGGACCAGGAGAUACAGCACCCACCUCCCCUGCUGUGGGGUGUUGGGGACCAGCCUCCCUGGUACCACAUCAGGUUACCCAACCCCAACCCAGGCUCCGAAGGGGCAUCCCACUGCUCAGCCUUGCACAGGGGCUUCACUGCAGGCCCAUGCUCUGGGUCAUCACCAGUUACCAGCCCAGAAGCUGGAACGUCCCUGUGCAAGGUCUCUCUUCAUACCCUGCGAGUGUGGCACACAGCAAGUGUUCUGCAUGUGCCAGGGAUGCUUGGAGGCAGCUGAUACUUGGGGAGCACUGUGGCAGUGGAAGAGGCCAGCACUCAGGGCCAUACAGGAACACCGUAUCAACUGCAUUCGCUUCCCUACCUUUAUUUCUCCUCCUCUUCCAGAAAUGGGAAACAAGCAACACAGUGGGAGCUGUCUCUGCAUCAGCUGGGCAUGGACUUCUCAAGCCUGAUCACAGUUCAAGAAGUGUAGAAAGAAGCCCCCCCCAAACCACACAUUUCUCUGCUGGUGGCAAUGUGGUGUGCAGCUUGGCUUUGUGCCCCAGGGCUCUGCUCCAGCCUUGCCCUGGGCUGUGUCGGGGGAAAGGCUGCUUAGUCCUUCUCUGCCUCUCCCAUCUGGUGCUGCUUUUGCACGUCCUUCUAAACAACCUCAUUUUCCUCAGGCAUUUUGACUGCUCUCAGCAGAGACUGCCGCUUUUUAUGCCUGCAGCAUUAUCACUUCCCUGCCCCUGCGUGAUGGAGCUGCACCUUGCAUGCUCCACAAAGCAGCCCCGCACUGUCUAUAUAGUUGCUUUCACCCACCUCUUUGCCUGCCCUCACAUGAGCUUCAGGAGAGAAGGGACAGUGGAAGGGCUAGGAAACAGGGAACAUUUGGGUGCUGAGAGAAGAGGAAGGGGGAAAGCUGGCACCUGCUGGGCUGGUAGAUUUGAGAGCUGGUGUGGUGGGAGUGGAGGUGUCGAUGCAGGCACCUGCAUGGACAUGGGCAAUAAAGUAAUUUCUCUGUUCUCAAA